CGGUCUGUUAGUUGUCAGCUGACAGCCCAUUCAAUUGGACCUGCUCCACGGCGCGGAUUUCGAUUGAGCUUUUCCCUGACAUACGUUCAAAAAAAAUCAAGUAAUUUAUUUUUUAUUUAGCAAAUUACACAUCGAUUGUAAUUGCAAACAAAAAGUAAACCGAUUGGAAGUCGUGAGUGAAAUUAAACUGGAAAAUCUUGUAAAACCUAGUGCGCAUUAGGAAAAACUGCGGAAAUCUAGACACUGUCGCCGGGUUUAAUUGUAAGAAUAAACAAACACAUCCAAUAUGACAAACAUGCGGCCACCGCAGAAAUCCAAGUUGCUGAAGGUCGUCAUACUGGGCGAUGGCGGGGUGGGAAAAUCCGCCCUGCUCACCCGCUUCGUUUCGAACCGUUACGAGGAAAACAAUUUCCACACCAUCGGCGUGGAAUUCAUGAACAAGGACAUAGUCGUCGACGGCGAGCGCUUCACAUUGCAGAUAUGGGAUACGGCUGGGCAGGAGCGAUUCCGGGCCUUGCGAACACCUUUCUACAGGGGAUCGGACAUCUGCCUGCUGUGCUACGCCCUCGACGACCGGGACAGCUUGAAGGGAUUGAGUCUCUGGCGGAACGAGUUCCUCAACUACGCGGACGUUAACCAGGACAAGUUCCCCUUCAUCGUGGUGGGAAAUAAGAACGACAUCCCAGAGCAGAAGCGGCAGGUGAGCUUCGAGGGAGUGCAGCAGUGGUGUGCCGAGCAGAAGAUCGCCUGCCACAUCACGACGUCCUCGAAGGCGGCCAACAAUGUGACCGAUGCCUUCGUCCUUGGCCUCCGCCAGUGGCGGCACAUGGAGUGCGUGGCGGAGGCGGAGCUGCGCCAGCAGGGCGACACCAUUGACCUCACCAGCCCCAUUCGCCUGGUGCAGCGUCGCAUCUGUUGCACAGGCGGCGGCGGAGGAGCAGGGGACGAGGGUCAGGAGGAUGAUGCCGCCAUGCAAAGUCCGGGAAAGAAAAUGUUCGGUCAAAAGCGCAACGCCGCGAAGGCGCCAGCCACCAAUUACAGGCUAUGAGCAGGCAGACUGGAGCUGUCAGGGAGCUUACGCUUAAUUUAACCACUCACCCCACCGGGUUGGCCUUCACUCUCAAUGCAUUCCACUGAAACCCAUUCCAGUCCGAGGAAGGGGAAAGUGCCUCAGACCAAAAAGUAAUCAGUGGGUGUUGUUAGCAUUCACAGCGAUUACCCUGAUAUGAUGAUAUUCUAAAACAAACUUUGCUUUUAAACGAACUACUUAAGAGCGAACCGCACUGUAUAACAGUUAGCAUAUGAUUUAAGGCGAAAUUAGGUUAUGUUAUAACAGCGAAUACUUUCCCUGAAAAUUACCACUAAAUUAUUAUUUGGUCUUCUAUAAUUAGACAAUUUGGAGUAAUUUUGGCAUUCGUUGUAAAACUGUUAUACAGUAUAGAUAAGUUUACCCAUUUAAAAGUGUUAUACUGUAUAACAGCAAGAGAAGUGUCUUGGAACAAACAAGCUUACAGUGUCUUUUAUAGUCUAUACAAUUUUAGCAACUUUUGGAUAUGCAUUACCUAAACAAGAAUAUUUACAAGAAAUAUCUAAACUGUUAUAUUUGGAAAUGCUUUAGAUUUAAACAUUUAGCCAGGGAAUAAUAACAUUUCCUGGUAAAAAGAAUAAAAGGACAACGAACGUCUA